AUGGCUCCCGGGCCAGACAUCACCAGCCGUGAAGGCCCAUCCCCAUCGACUGCGACUUGGAGUCCUAUGGCGUAUCGCUGGAGGCGGUACAGACCAGCUUGGAAGCGGACAAGAACGUGGUGGGCAUCGUUAUUGCGCCUUGCUACGGAGUGCCUGCGCGGGACUUCGCAGCCAUUCAGGGCCUGUGCAAAGAGCGCGGCUUAUGGCUCUGCGAGGAUGCCUGUGAAUCCUACGGAGCCAGCUGUAACGUCAGAGGUUUCAAGGUUCCAGUGGGCUCGGUGGCGACCCUGUCUGUAG